AUGGAGAGGAGAGCGCAGGCCGCAGAAUCUCUAGCGACUGGGGCCGCAGGCAAAGAUGCGCUGAACAAUGCUAUCAAAGCUGCUGAGUUAUACAUGAGAGCCGCAGGAGAGGCUGGUAGCCAACCGGACGCCGUUCGUUUUAGACGAAAGUGCCGGGAGAUGAUUACAUAUGCUGAAAAGCUCAAGGCUGCUCUUGGUGGAGGAGCAAAGCCUGCAGAAUUGCCUGCCACGCGGCCGUCGCUGUCCGAAUCGACGUCGGCAUCCAUCUUGCGACUAGGUUCAAAGCUCCAUGGAAAUGACUUUCCCAUCUGGCAAGAGGGCCCCGGGAUUGACGAGUUUGAACUUUUGCCAGGCCAGGAUCCAUUUACAGAGGACAUCGACCUCGAGAACAUCUGGGAGCGAAUACAAGCCGCUCACAAGUCGGGAGAUGUGGUGAUAACUCUGGGGACUGGUCGGAUAUCAGCCGAGGAGGAGGAGGUAAUGGGCUUGAUCGGGGAACACGACUAUGCCGUCGAGAACCUUGACACUUCUGGCUCCAGUCGGCGACUAUUGAUUAAAAACCCUUGGUGUGACGCCCCAUCUAUGACAGCACUGGGGUGGUUAGGCUCUGCAUCCUCCACUCUCAUCAAGCCGCCCAACACCGGCCUAUCAACAGAAAGGUUGGCACAUGACCCAAAUUCUAGUAGCAGACUGUGGGUGGCAUUCGAGGAUGUCGCGCAGCACUUUGAAUCCAUGUAUCUCAACUGGAACCCAGCGUUGUUUGCCUGUCGCAAGGACCACCACUUUUCAUGGGAACUCCCCGCCAAGGUAUACGGCGCAUCGUUGUCCAGAAACCCCCAAUUUUCCGUCACCUCACCUAGUGCCGGCACCAUUUGGGUCCUUGUCAGUCGCCACUUCGUCGAUGCUGAGCUGGAUAUUGCUCGUGAGAGGCGAGACUCGAUGGCUGCUGCGGCCCGUCAACUCGGUUUCAUGAGCAUAUCAGUCUUCGAGAAUGAUGGGAAAAAGCUUCAAAUUUGUGGCGGCGAAAUCUACCGGGGUCCCCCGCUUGAGGUGGGAGAAGCUUUAGAGAGCAUGUCACAUUUCACUGAGCAGCUUGGAGCCUGGACGAGGAGAACCGCCGGUGGCAACGCAUCAUGUGGAACUUUCUUUCAAAAUCCUCAGUAUAGGCUCUCCGUUAAAAGCUCAAGUCCACUUUCCAUCCUCCUCUGCGCCGAUGCUAACGACAUUCACGUUCAUGUGGAUCUUAUAUGGGCGCAGGGCCGUCGGGUAACAGCUGUGAGGGUAAAAGAUUUGGUAGCUUCCUCGGGGGAAUAUCGUCGUGGCUGUGCUGUGGCAGAUAUUGCGAUGCUUGAGCCAGGAGUUUACACUCUUGUCUGUUCUACUUUUGAGGCGAGCCAGUUGGGCAACUUUUCUGUGCGAGUCGCGUCGAUGGUACCAACCACUAUUGCUCCUAUACCGGCAGAUGGUGCAGGUAGCCUCCUGACGAAAUUACCACAUGUUCACUUGGCAGAAGGAGAUGAGCGAUUCCGUUUACCAGUUAACGUGUCUUGGUUAACAAGGGCAAGCGUGUCUCUACACAGCAGUGCUACGUCACAACUUGGUAGCAAGAUGCAGCCACCAUCGUCCCAGAUGGUUCGUGUGUCGGUCGUUCACGGCUGGGGACCAGAACAAGUCACAAUAGCAGUCUCUGGUGACAACGAAUUCCAAGAUCCCAGGAGUACAAUACGCACCCCCCAGUUUGACAUGGAGCCUAAGCGCAUACGAAAAGACGGUCUGUGGAUGCUGAUAGAAAGUAUAGGGUCCCAUGGCGUAGCGUUGACAAUUGAUGGAGAGAUUCUUAGUGACUCGCCUGUACGGAUUGGCAGCUGGGAAUCAGUGUGA